CAAUUUUUUUUUUAAACGCAAAAAUAAACAUUUUACUUAUUUAUCAAUGGCUGAAUAUUAAUGAGUUUUAGAACACCUGCAAUAAAACGAACACCUUUUUUGUUAGUUUUUGGAUUAUAGUUUGUAAUUUCUGAUGGCGGUGUUGACGUCUUGUGUUUUUCAAACUGUAGUUGAGGACCAGUUUUACAAACCCGAAAUUUAAAACUUAAUAUUUAUUGUCAAACAGCUAGAAUCAAGAUAAAGAAUGAUUUCAACCCGUGUUCUAUACGUUCCAAUUAUAACUGCAUUUUUCUAUUGGAAUAAUCUUUUAUGGUGCUAUGUUUUCUGUGUUCUAACUGUAUCCUGUUUCUUUAUGGGAUGUUUAAUUGUUAUGUUUAUAAACAUUGCACUUUCUCCAAAGCACCAAACUGGUACAGGCACUAUAAAAACAGUUGCAGAAAUGGAUGCCUUUCAUAAUUUAUUAAUGAAAGGAUACAUGGUUAAAACUUCAAACAAUAAAAAACAUAUGCGUUAUCCAUUGGUGUUUACUCGCAUGGUAGAUGGAGCAUUGCAAAACUUGUUGGAUUUAGUUUUUCAGGAUUUUGUCGGUUUAUGGCUAAGUGAAUUGGCUUUCAACUCGGAACAAAUAAUAGAUAAUAUGAAACAAGAUGUAUGGGGAGCAAUUCAAAGUCUUCAUGAUCGUUUAUCAAAAGUAGAUCACACAAAACUAGUCGCUUGUAAUAUAGUGAAUAAAAUUACUUUUCAUUUUGAAAAAAUUAGAAUUGCUCAAACUGCUUCGUCAGAAGGCGAAGAUCCAGUAUUUAUAUUAUCAGCGCAUUUAAUGUCACCUACGUCUGAAUUAGAUUAUUUAAGAAAAGUUAGCGAGUCAUAUAUUUUAUUUUUAUUACCACACUGUUAUUCACUCGCACCGAUUAAGUAUUUAUUAAGAGAAAUUCUUGCAUGUAAAAUAUUGAAACCAGCAAUAGACUUAAUAACAGAUCCUGAUUAUAUUAAUCAAAAGAUUUUAAUGUAUAUUGAUCAACAACAGCUAGCAGAAGCAAUGCAUAGAAAGACAUAUGAAUAUGCGGAAUCAUUUGAAGAUUUCAUUCGCAUGAUUAAAAGUUCCAAAGAUUUAGAAGUACUUAAACAUAUCAGAUACAAUAUUGUUACGGAGAUUAUGCAAGCUACAACAAUACAAAAUAUUAAAAGAGCACAAGGUUUAGAUCCAGACAAUAAUGCAUUUGGAAAAUCUGAUGUUAUCCAAGCUAGAAAAUUGAAGAGGUAUAUCAGCCAACUAACAUAUGCUAAAAAUAUGUGUGAAUGUCAUAUGCAAUCAUUAGGAUGGAAUGGAUAUCCAGUUCAGGCUAGUGAUGUUACUGAUUCAGCAAUGAUUACGGAAGAAAGAAUUUUACCACUUCAGUAUAUUUUAGAUAAUGUAAUAGGUCGACGAUAUCUUUCACAAUUUCUUGAACAAGUUGCUAGUCAAGAUUUAAUUGGAUAUUGGGCAGCUGUGCAAGAGCUGCGCAACGCAGAUAAAUCUAAUUGGCAUCAAUUAGGAACAGAAAUCUUUUAUACAUACAUUACAUCACCUACUGCUGAAAUAAAAGUUGACAGAGUUAUUCGCAAAAAAAUGGAAAGUUUUUUGUUGGGUGACAUAGGACCUCAAGUGUUCUAUGAAGUUCAGGAUGACGUUGUUAAAACUUUGGAAGAAAAAUAUUAUCCAUCAUUUGUUGUUAGCGAACAGUACAAAAAUAUGCAGGAAGCAUUACUCAAUGAAAGAACAGACGAUCUAACAGAAGAUCAUCGUAUAAUAAAUGGAAAUUUAUCUGAAAAUAUAUCUUUGCUGGUUGGAGAACAUUCAAAUUAUGCUCGCAGUAAAUUGGAUCAACUACAAGAAAAAUUAAACAACAAGAUGCAAGCCUUGCAAGCACUUAAAUCUUCGUUAAAACCAGCAAGUAAGGUUUUAAAUUUUUUGGCCAAAGAAGUUGAAUGGUUACAAAGUGAGAAAAGACAGCUUGAAGCGCAUUUAACACAUACAGAAAUGUGGGCAGAGCAUUUGGGUCAUUGGAGAGCAGAAGUACAAAGCGCAGAAAUGCCAGAUAAUGGAGAUUGCCCACAUUUUGUUUUGGUUGUUCAUAUGGCAGAAGAUGAAGAUAAUACCGAAAGUAUAUGUAGUGGUUGGGUAGUGUUACGAAAAUUACAAGACUUUCAGGAUCUUCACAGAAAACUUCGUCAACUUUGUCCUACCGUAAAAGCUUUAGAAUUACCAUCACAACCUUUAAAAUUUUUUGGAAAGUCUGACAAAAAUACUUUGGACAAAGCCAAAAUACAAAUACAGAAAUAUUUAAAUUUUAUUUUAGAGGAUGAGAAACUUAAUCAAAGUGAGGCUUUAUAUACGUUUCUUAGUCCAAGUUCUGAACAUCUGAAGUAUGCUCCACCUUCUCCAAAAAAAUCUCGGUUUUCGUUAUCUACAUUAUUUAAAACAUCUAGCAAUGAACUUCGUGAUAAAGAAGAAGAAGAAGAUUACUCGUUAUUACUAGACGAUACUGAUAGUGGUCGAUCAGCUACAGAUGGAUUGAUGAAUAUUAAUAAGGAUGCAAUAGCAGAACCGCUUUAUACGCUGCUGGGUGAAAUUUUCGAUUUACGAGGAGUGUUCCGAUGGCUUCGACGAUCAUUGAUUACAUUUGUUCAAAUUACUUAUGGCCGGACCAUAAAUAGACAAAUCAGAGAUACGAUUGCAUGGGUAUUCUCAGAACCAAUGUUACAUUAUUAUAUACAAUUAUUCACAAAAUCUUGGUGGCCAAAUGGUCGCUUAAUGUCUGAAACAGUUACUCGAUCAGAUGAAGAGAAAUUAAAAACUCGAGGUGAAGCUCGAAGACAGUUUCUCAAUAACAUACCUGAAGUUUUAACAAAUUUGGUUGGAGCUCAAAGUGCUCAGCGUGGUGCCAUUAAAAUCUUUGAUUCUCUACAAAACACGAAUUUAAAUAAACAAUUAUUUUAUGAUAUUUUUGAAGUUGUGAUGUAUGAAGUAUUUCCAGAAAUACAACGUAAACAAUAAAACUUCAUUUCCAAUA